AUGUCAUGGGUGAUGAGAGGGCGUCCUUACAGCGGCACAGGCGCCUUGGCCGAGCGCUGGGGCUCGCCGCCCGCGGCGCCGACACCCGCGUCACCGCUGCUGCCCUUCCCGGAAAUACAACCGUGGCAAGUCGGCACCUCAUCCCCCAGCUCCGCCAGCGCCGCCUCGCCUCCUGACGACAGGCAGCGCGGGCUGCAGCCAGAGCCCAGCCAUGAGACGGCGGCCGCUGCCACCGCAGACGAGGAGCAGCUGCUGUCCAUGCUGUCGGCGCUGCGCGUGGCGAUGUGCAAGAAGGAGGCUGCUCUAGUCAACGUGGCAGGACGGCUAGCAGAGGCGCAGAGCCGGCUGCAGGGCUGUGAGGCCGAGAACCGCAAGCUGGCGGCGCAAGUGCGGGAUCUGCAGUUUGCCAGCGGUGCAGUUGCCCCGGAACGCCUGGCCGCAGCCGCCUCUGUCACGAUGGAUGGCAGGCUAUUGGCGCAGGCCAGGCAGGAGCUGGGCAGGGAGGCGUGCCGCAUAGCAGAGCUUGCAACCGAAAGGGACGCACUGCAGUCGGAUGUGGCGAUGCUGCACCAGCAGCUGGUGGCGGCCGCACAGGCUGAGGCCAAGGAGCGGGAGCGGUUGUGUAUGGAGGCCACACAGAGCAGGCUGGUGGCCAAGGCAAGGGCGCGGCAGGUAGAGCAGUUACAGGCAGAGCUGCAGCAGGUGGCGGGGACUUGCACGAGCAUGGGUGCUGCUGCUUCGAAGCAGGCAGAGGCUGCACUGGCAGAGGCAGCCAGCGCGCAGGCAGCAGCUACUAGCGCAAGGUCUCGUGCAGCUGCAGCAGAGGAAGAGGCAGCAGAGCUCAGGCAGCAGCUAGAGGCUGCACAGGCUGCAAGCAUGCAGGAUACUGCCAGGGCGGAUGCAAUGGAGGCUAAGCUAGCCGAGGCUCGGCAGCAGAUGGACUGGCAGACGCUGCGCAUAGCUGAGCUGGAGCAGACCUGGGGCUUGGGCCAGCUGAUGCGCAAGUAUGAGGGCGAGGUGCAGCGCUUGCGGUUGCAGUUUGAUACCGACCGGCGUGACCUGCAGGAGCAGCUGGCCCAGGCACAGCGGCAGCAGCACACGACGGUGGCAGCAUCUUCUUCAAUGCAGGAGCAGAUGGGCGCCCCUCUCUCGAUGCAGCCAUCUGACCCGUUGGAUAGCUCUGCCUGGAAAGCACUUUUUGAGGAGCCAUCCCAUCAGCUGCCGACAGAGGUGCAGGAUGGGUGGUGCCAGACAGACGGCAGCUGUGCGACCAGCCUGGAAGCAUGGGCAGAGCAUACACUGCUGGAAGCUGCCCGGAUGGAGAUUGAGCGACUCAAGGAGUUAAACGCAGAACUGCUGGACUCGCAGAUGCAAGAGCAUCAGUUGGCCGUGGACUCGGCGCGGCGAGCAGAGGCAGGCCUGCGGGAGCGGCUGUACAUGGCGGAGCGGGAGUUAGCACAUAAGAACGGCGAGGUGCAGGCCCUGCGGGAAGAAGCCCUCGCAGCGGCCACGCUCAAGGACGAGCUGGAUGCUGGCAGCCAUUUGGAGGAGUUGGAAGAGCUGCGGGCAGAGCUGCAGCGGGCAGCGGCACAGACUGAGCUGCUGGCUUGGCAAGUGCAGCAGCUGAAGCAGCGGGCCGCGACUGCUGCAGAUGAGCAUGCGGCUGCCGUGCAGCAGCAGCUUCAGCAGGGCGCAACGGAUGCAGCGGCCGCAGUCGCUGUUGCUGAUGAGCGGCACCAGCAGCAGAUGUUGGCCUUGCAGAAUCGGCUGGCCGAGGCGCAGCAGCAGCUGCAGGCGGCUCGUAGCGAGCUCAGCACCUUGCGGCAAGAGCAAGUCCUGCGUCGCGGAUCCUUGGUACACCAAGUUGUGCAGGCGCAGCCCAGGUGCCCGAGGCGGAGCAAGUGA